AUGGAGUAACUGCUUGAACGAUAUCAAGAAUUAGAAAAACGUAAUUCCGAAGAAUUAGAACAUGAUAAAUCAAUAACUCAUUUAUUGUACAUAGAAGGAUUUAAGUGGGACGAUUUAGAAAAGAUAAAGAAAAUACAUAAAAUUUCACAAUCUAAGGUAGAAAAGAGAAUAACUUUAGUUUAAGAUUUUGGGUUAUUGAGAAGAGAUGUAGAGCCACAUUCAACAGAAAAUGAGUAUUGCAAAAAGUUGCUGAAGGACAUUGACAUGCAUAUAAAUUCGAUUAUGUUUGAGAUUGACAAAUUGGAACAGUUGAAACAAAAAUCACAGAGAUUCUUAAGAUUAUAAAGUUAACCCAAUUUAAAACCUGAGACUGCUCCAACUGAUGUAAUGACCCAAACAGGAGGCUUAUUAUCUAGUACAAGUGAUGGCUAAACUCGGAUGUAUAAGAGCAGUUUUCAGUUUUAUCGAGCCUAAAGGGAUUAAUAGAUUCAAUCACAUAAUCAGAAGUGGAUAGAGAAAUAAUAUAGCAUUCAGAGAAAAUUAAUUGAAGAUGAAAAAGAGUUUUAGAAGUUUCGUUUUGAGAUUGAAGCAAAGUAAGUGAGGGCUGAAAUGAAUUUGGAGGAAUAUUAGUAAUGGCAGGCUCGGUAAUUGAAAGAACAAGAGGAGUUGAAUUCGAAGAGAUUGCAAUUGCACAAAGAUCGAAUGUUAAAAGAUCAAUAACAAAGGUAGGCCAUAUUGGAGGACAAGAUGUAGAGAAAAGAAAAAUAAUUAAAAAAGUAGAUUUCGUUGCUACAAGAUUUUCAUGAAGAAUAAAAACAAAUAAAAGAGGAACACUUCUAAAAGAUUCUGUAAAAGUCAAUGGGUGCUUUGAAUGACAAGGACAAAUUUAAUCAAUAUUAGAAGGAGAUAUCGGAAAAAAAAGAAUAGGAAAACUUAAGGAAAUUGAAGUAUAUAGAGGAAUCUAAGUAAUGGACUAAGCAAUAGUUGCAACAACAGGCAGACUUAAAGUAAUAGAAGAUAGAGAGAGCAAAUUUAAUUUUAACAAGAUAGGAUAUGCAAAGAAGAGAGAAAUUCGAAGAGAAGGAAAAGAAAUAAUUAACAUACAUGGAGAAGUGUAAGAAGACGUUUUCAGAGUAUUAGCACAUGAUUAAUAAAGAGAAAGAAGAUAAAAUGCACAAUUUUUAGAUUAAUAAAGCCAUAGAGGAUGCGAGCAGAGAGUAACUGAUUAAGUAUCAAUUCGAGAGGAGAUCAAAUAGUUAGGCCUAGGCUUAGAGAUUGAUGGAGAGGAGAUUGAAGAUAUUCUAGGAGGAGAAGGCAGGAGAGCAUUUGAUAAAAUAGUUAGAGAUUAAUCAGAGAUUGAAUAAAUUGGAGUGGGAACAGGAAUUAAAGAGGAUGAAACAAUAGAUGUUGGAGGAGGAAUAGAGAUAACGAUAAUUGAUGAUUGAGUAUAAUGAUAGAUUUAGAUUGUAGGAAGGAUGCGAGGGAGACGAUGAGGGAGAGGGAAAAGAAUACUCGAAAGUUGGAAAUAGAAAAGGAGUUGAGAGAGAAGGAGAUGAAGACUUUGAAGUAUUAGAAGGUCUGAAUGAAUUACAAGUGAUAAGAAAAUUAGUAAAUUUAAUUAUUUAUAUUUGA